GUACGCGGAGUGAUUAUUGAUGGCUAACUUUAAUGGCAAGGCAUUAAUAUACAAUGCAGAAAAAAUAUAUACCAUAUUUAUUUCAUGGAUCAAGUUUCCAUUUUUGCAUGAGAAAUCUCACCGGCCGUGACACAUCACACAAACGCUCUCCAUGCUUCAUUUACUAUACUUUGCUCUCUCCUCACUCUAUUCUCUCUUUCCCUACAAAGUUUCCUCGCAGAUUGAACAAAAAGAAGAGGAACAAAAGGAGAGGACAGAAAGCUAGAGAUAUAGAUCAGAAGAAAGGAUGUGGGAGUGGAGGAGAAGGGUGGCGGGGUGGCGGUCCGCGGCGGCGGAGGCUUCGUUCUCAUCUUUAAGGCAUUUGUGGUUUAUGAUGCCGUUGUUUCUGGUGGCGGGUUUGGUGGUUUUCUCUGGCCCUCGGAAUUCCUUUUUGCUCUUCGCUUCUCCCUUCCUACACGGCGGCGGCGGCGAUAGUGGAGGUGGGGUUUUCAAUGGCUCUUCAACUCCCCCGUCACAAGAAAUCUUCCGUCCAAACAAUUCGUCGGAAACAAACAAGACGCACGAGAAUCUUACAAGCAUCCCAAGACCUUUGUUACCAACCGAACAUGAAGAAACACAGAACGGAACAUCAUCGUCGUCUUCGAGUCCUACCGUGGAUGUCGGGACAACAUCAUCGUCAUCAUCGAGAAGGUACAGUAAGUUAGAGAUUCUGGAAGCUGGGCUUGCGCGAUCUCGAGCUUCAAUACUAAGAGGAAACCCAACAAAAGAUGAUUUCAUACCUAAUGGCCCUAUGUACUGGAACGCCUCGGCCUUUCACAGGAGUUAUUUGGAAAUGGAGAAAACAUUGAAGGUGUAUGUGUACCAGGAAGGGGAUCCCCCGGUGUUUCACUUUGGUCCAUGCAAGCAUACCUAUGCAAUCGAAGGCUAUUUCAUUCAGGCAAUGGAUGUGAGUCCCUUCAAAACCUCGGACCCAAACCAGGCUCAUCUCUUCUUCCUCCCCUUCAGUGUUACCAUGUUGACUGAAGUGAUUUAUGUUCCUGAAUCUCAUGACUGGUCUCUCAUGAAGAACACUGCCUUCGAUUAUGUUAACGUUGUUGCCCAUAAAUACCCCUUCUGGAAUCGGAGUCUUGGCGCCGAUCAUUUCAUGCUUGCUUGCCAUGACUGGGGGCCUGAAAUAUCAUUUGCGAUACCAAACCUACACAACAACUCCAUCCGGGCACUAUGCAACGCCAACACCUCCGAAAGAUUCGAUCCCAAGAGGGACGUCUCCAUCCCCGAAAUCCAUCUCCCACUGGGCACGACGGCAGGCCUCCUAGGCGGCCCAUCUCCCUCGAAGCGCACCGUGCUGGUCUUCUACUCCGGCGGCCUCCACGGCCCCAUCCGCCCAAUCCUCAUGAAACACUGGGAGAACAAAACCGACGAAGACGUCCAAAUCCACAGCUACCUCCCCGACGGCCUCUCCUACUACGGCAUGAUGCGCAAAAGCAAGUACUGCAUCUGCCCCAGCGGCUACGAAGUCGCCAGUCCUAGAAUGGUGGAGGCGCUCUACAUGGGCUGCGUCCCGGUGCUCAUAAAGGAGGGCUACGUUAUCCCCUUCAGCGACGUGCUGAACUGGAAGGCGUUUGCGGUGAUUAUUCCGGUGGGGGAUAUUCCGAACCUGAAGAAAAUCUUGACGGGGAUUUCGCAGAGGGAGUAUUUGAGGUUGCAGAUGAGGGGAGUGAAGAUGAGGAGGCAUUUCGAGAUUAACAAUCCUCCCAAACGUUAUGAUGUGUUCCACAUGAUUCUUCAUUCUAUAUGGCUUAGAAGACUCAAUAUUCGUGUUCGGGAUGAUGUUCAUCAUCUUUCUUGAUUUUGGUUUUACUGAUCGAUAGAUGCUUUUGUAGUAUUCUUAGGAUUUUAUUAAGAAAAUAUUAUGAAUUAGUAUGUAAAGGGCGGUAAUAUUUUAUAAUAAUU